CGCAUGCGCUUUAAAGAUGGCGGGAGUGACACUUGAUGAGCAGCUUUCAUGAGAAAAUUUUGAUUUGCAAUGGAGUUCGUGGGUGCGUUAGAAAAUUAGUCCAGAAAGCGAAGCCUGCGUCAUUACUCGUUAAAUUCAAUGCAAAAUGGACUUCCAAAUACUUCCACGCCUCACGGACCUCUUACAAGAAUUCACAGUGGUCGUGUUACGCGAAAAGCCGGAGGACAUAGUAGAUUUUGCGGCCGAGUACUUUGCCAAGUUGAAGCAAAGUAAGGAGAAAACUCCCCCUAAAGCAAAAGGGGUUAGUUUUCAGAUUGAAAAUGGAGCCAGAGAUUCAGAUGGAAGUGACGACGAGCCAAUUCCAGAACCUCCAAUGAAACAAUAUGGUGCAAGACGAAAAUCAGUUUGUGCUGAGCCAUAUCACCCUGAUUCAGACUCUGAUGAUGAGGGAACAUGUGUUAUCCAUCCCAAGUCAGAUGAGCAAAGAGUAAGGCUUAAUGAAGCAGUCAAACAUAUCCUUUUGUUCAAAAGCUUGGAUCAAGAGCAAUUGUCACAAGUCCUUGAUGCCAUGUUUGAAAAGAAAGUUCAACCUGGUGAUCAUGUCAUUGAUCAAGGAGAUGAUGGUGAUAAUUUCUAUGUCAUUGACAGUGGGACUUACGACAUAUUUGUAUCAAAGAAUGGUGUUGAUGAAAUGGUUGGCUGCUAUGACAACAAAGGUAGCUUUGGAGAAUUGGCAUUAAUGUACAACACACCUAGGGCAGCAACAAUUGUAGCAACAUCACCUGGAAUUGUGUGGGCACUUGACAGAGUAACAUUUAGGAAGAUCUUGCUCAAGAAUGCAUCCAAAAAGAGAAAAUUGCAUGAAGAACUCCUAGAAAAUGUUCCAAUGUUGGCACAUCUCACGAAUUAUGAAAGACUGAAUGUUGCCGAUGCCCUAGAAACCAAGCAUUUUCAGGAAGGAGAUAGAAUUAUCAAACAAGGUGAUGAAGCUGAUUGCAUGUAUUUCAUUGUGAAAGGAAAGGUGUCAGUGAGAAUGCUCAGUGCAGCAGAUCCUCCAGAAGACCUUGAAAUCACAACUCUAGAUGGUGGUUACUUUGGUGAACUAGCUUUGGUUACACACAAACCAAGAGCUGCCUCUAUUUAUGCUGUAGGAGAUCUAACUGUUGCAACUCUUGAUGUUCAAGCAUUUGAGCGACUGCUAGGUCCAUGUAUGGAUAUAAUGAAGCGAAGCAUUGGUGAUUAUGAAGAGCAACUCCGCAAACUUGGAUUAAGUAAUACAGAUCUAAGAUAAAAAAGAACUCAAAAUAACUGUUCAUAUGUUUUUGCAAUUAUUUGUUAGUCCUAUGACAAAAGAGUUGAUAAAGAGGUUAAGUUCAAAUUGUAAAUCCUUGGUAAUAUUUGAGUAAAAGGCUUGAUAAUUCAGAGUUGUAUCAGUUUUAUGUAAAUACAAAUUGAGUGAACUAUAUUUGAAGUACAAUAACUUUAAGGAAGUAUCAAAAUCAACUUCAAGUGUUAAUUGUCUUUAGACAUGACAAUGACCAGCAGUUAGUAUUUAGUAUUUAAGAAAGCAUUGGAUGAGAUAUUCACAGGUCAGCUUUUAAUACUAGUAAUACCACUGUAUGUCCCUGUAUAUAUAUUUAUGACGGAUUGGUCCCAACCACUGUAAUUGAUAGAUCUAAUUGCAGAAUACAGCUCAACUUCCCUUUUUGCAAAGGAAAGUUAGAUUAAGUGAACAUGUUAAUUGAUCUUUACAGAGUCAAGAAAGUGAUACAGCCCUUUUAUGGUAUCUCUUCAUUUAUUCUAAUAUUUAGUUCACUGCUAAUUACAUCAAUGUUUUCAAAUUAAGGUAUCUUUCAUAAAACAUUACUCCUAACCCUAAGAUAGAUCAUCCUUAUUAGAUAGAUUAUAAGAUAGAUUUAUCUUUAUUAACAAAGCAUAAUUUAAUGUUAAUGCUGAGAUCAUUUAAUGCAUCCUAAUCCCAUACAGCUAUUUAUGCAUUUUGUUCACAAGAACUCAGGUUGUUGCAAAAAUUAUAUGUAUAUAGACACAAGUUAUCACUUUGUCAUAUUUGAUAUGACUAUCCAGUAUCCUAUAGCUACAAAACCCUUCCUCUUAAACUUUGUUCACCAGAGCAAGCCAUCUAUUGAUAGAUCAGUUAGAUUUGAAUGUUGAAAAUCUGUUGUAUAUUUUUAGUUAAACCAUAUUUUCCUUGUAGUAUGUUAAGGUGUUCAUAAAUGCUGUAAAAUUGUAUUUUCAAUUGCAAAUAUGCAAUGCAGUUGCUUGCUGGCAGUUGGCACCUUAAAAUGACUAUCUACAAAUAUUUACAAGAGAUCAUACUUCAUGAUCCUUUAUGUUUUUGUUGUGCUUUUUCAAACAAGCCCUGGUUCUCAUUUUAAGUUGGUUAUUUAGAUUUAUAUAGUUCGUCAGCAGAUAGAGUUACCUAAAGGGGGUUAAACAAAUAUUUAUGUUACAUUUGUAAUAUUAUAAUGAGAAUUACGUUUAGCAACUUCA